UGGAAGGUUUUACAGUGGCAGCUGAGGUGACUUCUGGAACUGGAAUAGCAGUGUGUGCUGCAGAUCAGGAUUGAGGUGCACUGACUGAGCUGGGUGUGUGACAUAGGACUUGAAUAGCAGGCGGUGCUGCUAGUCAGGAAUCGGAAAUGAGAUGCAUUGGAAGAGUGGAAAUUCCAGCGGUGAAGGACAUGCUCACACCGAGCUGAUCAUGGCAGGGGACAUAAGGAGACUCAGACGCAUGCUACUGGAAUGCAACAGCAGUGACAAGUUAUGUGUUGUGCGUGAGUACCAGACUGAAGUGAUCAUCAUCCCUGUCUUCCUAGUGGGUGUCUUUGUCAUCCUGUUAGGUGUGAUCCUUUGGCUCCGCUAUCGGAGCUGGAGGUCGAAGCAACAGCAACUGCCCAGGCGCCAAGCUGUUGCCCCAUUGCCAGCAAAGGACAAGAACCAGAAGGAACACAGUGAGUCAGAGAACACCUACAUCCAGCUGAGUGAGACAACUGUGGAGAGUCUACUAAGAUCUGCAGCCUUGACUCUGAAGGAACUGGAAAUACCACAAGACCGACUUAUACCAGGGUCCUUGGAGCUGAUACACAAUGGCAGUUUUGGGGGAAUCUACAGAGCGGAAUUGGAGACUGGGAACCCUGGGAAGACUAAGACAGUCAUCCUGAAAGCCUUACAGGACACUGCUGGACCCAGUGAGGUGAAGGAUUUCCUGGGAAGGAUUAAGUUCCAUCAGUCCCUUGGUCAUCAUGAUAACAUGGUUGAACUGAUAGGAUGUUGUGUAGUCCAGCUGCCCCUUUAUAUGAUCCUGGAGGAUGUGUCCCAUGGGGUCCUCCUGAACUUCUUGUGGACCUGCCGCAGGGAUGUAAUGACCAUGGAUGGUAUCCCGUAUGACCUCACGGAGAGGCAGGUAUAUAAAGUCGGGCAGCAGGUUGCAGCUGCCUUGGAGUUUCUCCAGCAGAAGAAGCUGUUCCAUGGGGAUGUGGCAGCGAGAAAUGUCCUGAUCCAGUCUGACUUCACAGCCAAGCUCUGUGGGCUGGGCCUGGCCUAUGAAACCCACACCUAUGGCACCAGCUGUGUCACACAGAUUGUGCCACUCAAGUGGCAGGCACCAGAGCGGCUAUUAAUGAAACCUCCCAGCAUCAAGUCAGACAUAUGGUCCUUUGGAAUCUUACUCUAUGAGAUGAUCACAUUAGGGGCUCCACCAUUUCCUGAGGUGCCACCUUCUGAUAUCCUACAACACCUUCAGAGAUGGAAGGUCAUGAAGAGGCCCUCCACCUGCCAGCCAGCUAUGUAUGGUAUCAUGAAGUACUGCUGGCGGUGGAGUGCGACGAACCGGCCGUCACCCGCAGAGCUGAUCAAGCGCCUGCAAACAGCAGCCAAGAGCAGCAAUGACCAAGUGGUGCUCCAGGUGCCUGAGCUGGUGGUGCCUGAACUAUAUGCUGAUGUGGCUGGCGUUGAUUUGGGGAGUCUCACCAGGGACUACACUGUGCUCUGAAGCAUGCCUCUGUGUACUGGGAAGGCCUGGAUCUCUGACUUUGCCUCUCUUUGGGGAUACAAGGGGCUGACCCCUCUGGAACUCAGAAUGAAGUGCGUAUUGGGAGGGGUUCCUCUAAUUUUUUUUAAUGCAGAAUGUAGUUAAGAGGGUGGGAAGUUCUGAAAUAAACACUAGAAUCCAGAAGGGACUCCCAACUCACCACCUUGAAAUUGAGAAAUAUAUCCUGCACCACUCAAACGCCUGUCUACAUUAUGACUGGCUACACUGAAGGGGACCAGCCAAACAGAAACAAUCAUUCUGAGUGACCUCAAGGUGGUUAUGAAGGUGGCCUCAAGGUUCAGUUAUGAAGUUGUACAGCUUUGAGUGAAUGAAGUCUUUGACAAGGAAGCAUUCCAGUACCACCAUAGGGAGAAGGGGGUGGGGGUGGUAAAAAGUCUUGUCACCCAUGACUCCCCACUUUUGCUGCUUUUUCCAGUCAUACAUGUGAAGAGAGGGCUUCAACCUGCAGCAAUGGCAACUAGGUGGACGGGACUGAAAGCUGUCUACAAGGAUUUACAAGAGGUGGAUACCAUGGAUGGAAAGGGAUUGCUUUGGUUCCGAAGCAUAUAAGUGGAAGGAAGCUGGAUGAAAAUGAAUGAAGGGAAAUUACAGAUGGAUAUCAAGAACCAUUUCCUAACUGUGAGGAUUUUUGGAAGUCAUCCUACCCCCCCUCCCAUUUCACCCCCCCACCCCAUUCCCCUCCAAGGAAGUGUUGGAAGUGCCAUUGCUUGAACAUUUUAAAAGAAGAAUUGGAUGAUGCCCUGAAGAAUAUGCUAUAGGACACAAUCUUGGAGUGGCCCUAGAGAUAAGAAAGUGGAUAGAUUAGAUGAUACCAAAUAAGUCUUUUCCAUCUCUAACUCCUCUAUAACUGAGGGCCCAUUCAGAUGAAGGGUAACAUUGCUUUUAAACAUUCCACCCCAUGGAUGGACCUCUCAGAUGCUUUAUGCCAUAACCAACUGCAAAAUAGUGAACACUGUGUAUUCUGAUAGAAUGAAAUACCUUGAAUGUUAAGGGAUGCAGCAGAAAUAGCUAUAUUAACGUACCACUUGAUGCAGGAAUGCAGGAUGUACCACUUGAUGGAGGAAUGUGUCUUGUUUUGUGGCGAGUGGCAGGGUUGGCGAGUUGUAUGGGCCCAUGGUGCCCAGGCUCCAGCAAAUUCAGGGCCUGGGGGGCCCAGCUCCACCAAUGUUCGGGGCCUGGUCUCUCCCUCGGCCCUGCCUGCCACCUCCACGCGUCUCCCUUGAGCGUCCCCUGGGCCCACCUGCUGCCCCCGCGUGCCUCCCCCAGAGCGUUCCUGCCUGCCCUGGGCAGCGGGUGGCUUCCCCCUGCAGCUCCACAUUGCACUUCCUCUCCGGCUGCUGCCGGCUACAAGGGAGCAGCGCUGGGGGCAGACUAAGGCAGCUGCUGCGCCUGCAGAGGGAGGAGGCACAUGGCAGUCCCCCCACCCCAGCAGGAGACUCCAAGUCAACUCUGAGGGAGGAGGGGCUUAUCCUGGCUGGACCUUCUGAGCAGCAGCCUGGGGGGGCUUCGGUGAGUGUCAUGCUGGGGGGGCCAGGAGGGGCCCUCCCUCCCCCAGAACUCACUGCUGCCAGCACGGAGAGGGCUGGGGGGAGUCCUCCUCUCUUGCCCCCAGCCCCUGGACAGCCUUCCUGCUGCAUCCCAAACUCCUAAUCCCCGGCCCAGCCCCACACCCCGCACCUGCUCCCGCACCCCAUUGCUCUGUCCCAGCCCAGAGCCUUGACCCAGCACCCAAACCCCCUCCCACACCCAGCACCCCCUCCCACACCCCAACCCCGUCCCAGCCCGGAGCCCACACCCAGCAUCCCAACCCCCCUCCCACACCCUUUCUGCACCCCAACCACCUGUCCCAGCCCAGAGUCUGCACCCAGCACUCAAACCCCCUCCCAGAACCCGUACCCUUCCCACACCCAAACUUCCUCCCAGAGUCUGCACCCCAAACCCCCUCCUGCAUCCAAACUCCCUCCCAGAGCCUGCACCACUUCUGCACCCAAACUCUCUCCCAGAACUUGCACCCCCAACCCCCUCCCACACCCAAACUCCCUUCCAGAGCCUUGGGGGAGGGGGGGACUUGGACCCGUUCUGGGCACCACCAAAAAUUAUACAAACCUGCUGCCCCUGGUGAGUGGUGGCUGAGGUAUCAAAGGGUUGCUCAAGGGUAAAAGUCCCAUCCCACCAUCUCAGGGAGAAGUCCUCACUGAGAUCACACUGUCAGGGAAGGCAUCUGAUGAGCGUUUGUUCUCCCCAAGUGAUGCAGAGCAAUUUAUUUUCUUGUACAUUUAUCCUUUCAGACUCUAGCUCCUGGAGUAAUUGCUUUAGUUUUUUGAGAUGUUACCUUAUCAUUGUAAAAUACAUCUGGUUACUCUCAUGACACAGCUAAUAUGAAAACAAUAUGGAAAUUACAUGGAUAGGGUAAGAAUAAAAGGUGAUGGUAGAGUAUUGUGACAAUUACAUGGUGGUGAUAUCAUCUGCUGUGUGAAUAGCAGACAUGGCUACUCUGUGACAAAUGUGGCAAUGCCUUAUAUGCUGUGUGAAUAAAUUGAUGAUCACAUAGCUAUUUUGACUUAAUGUUGUGACAGCAUAGAUACUCUGUGAAUAACAACGAGCUGCUGGAUUUGAAGUCAAGAUUUAGUGGUGACAGAGGCUUUGGAUAUUAUACUUUAUAUGGCACCCUUUGCUUGGGGCAUGUUCAAGUGCAUGUCAUUUUACUGUGAAUUUCAGGCCUUGUUUAUACUAGGGUUUUAGUCACCAGUAUAGCUGCAUUAGUGAGCUAUACUGGUUCAGUGUGAUUUGCAUUGGGGAAGCUUAUUCCAGUUGAGGGGAAGCUGUCCCAGAGCAAACCUCACUACACUAAUGUCAGUUGUUUCUACACUAGUAAUUUGCCACAUGGCAACUACACUAGUGACUAACAUCCCAGUGGAGAGAAGGGCUAAGUCUGUUUUUCACCAUGCCACCUGCACCUCAGAAGAGUCUGCAUGGAACAGGGAUAAAUGUAUUAGAAUAAUCAUAUGGAUUAUUUUGCCUGCUCUAUAGUCUAUUUUAUAAUGAGUGACAUAUCAAUCUUGUCUGAAAAUAUCUGGGGGCUUGUGGGUUUUUUUCUUAAUAGGCAUCAAAACUUUUACAAAGCUUGAGGGCUGCUAGUCUUGAAGUCAGUGGCAUUUUUUACCAUUCACUUCAAAAGAUGCAGACUCAGACCCUGAGCAAACAGACUUUUCACAUGAGGUGGCCACAGCUUUCUGUUUUCAGUGGAGCUGGGCGUACCAUGAAAACAUCCUUUGCUGGGAUUAUAUUUCUUGUGGCAUAGUAGUCUGAUGUGAGGCUUCUUCUGCUUCUCCUGAUGAAGUUGUUCCAGUUUGGAUAAAUAAUUAAAGAGUGAGUGGAACAGGUGAACUGGACCCUGCACCCAUUCUCUUCCUGUCCCAUUGAUUAUUUAAGUAUUUAGACACAGUAAAAUAACUUUAAAUACUGAGACAGUGACUCUAGUCCAGAGGUUAGGACACUCACCUGGGAGGGGGAGACCUAGGGUCUAGUCCCCCUGCUCCAGUCACUUUUUAAUUAUUUAUCCAGACUGGGACAACUUCAACAGGAGAGAUCGAGGAAGGUGACUAUAAAAACAACCUUUAACCUCUUGAUUAGAGCAUAUUGUCCCGAGUGAUGGGAGAGCCUGGUGUUAAUUCUUUCUCCCUAUCAAGUGGGAGAGAGAAAUUAAACCUGGUUCUCCCACAUCCUAGACAAGUGCUCUAACCCCUGGUUAGAGGUAGGUACCACCACCUUCUACUCCAUUUGCACCUGACUAACUCAUUCUCACAAGAAGUGGCUUACAUGCCUAAGCUGACUGCCUCCAGGACAGGGGUUUCUAUGCGUGAAUCGUUAUCAGGGCUAAGCACCUCUGUGCAGUCUGGACUCAGGCUCCUAUCUCCCUGAGUGGGGUGGGGCUUAGGACACAUCCCUGCCUAGUGUGCUGGCUUCUCUGAAUCCCAUUCUGCCUGUCUCUCCCCAUUCCUUGUAUAAGGAGCCUAGACACCUAACUCAGUGUGCAUGUGUAUCACAGUGUGUUCCUGUGUAUUCCUAGAUGCCCAAAAGUGAGGUGUUGCAAUGAGCAUCACAACAUCUAAGGACCUUUUGUGAAUCCAGGUCACAGUUCUUUGGUAGCUGGCUAGGGUCCAUCAAUACACUUUGGGUCAAUACUUUUAUUUCUUAAGAUGCAAUGAAGUAUUUUGCUUUCCCAAAGUGAGAUCCUAAGGUGAUGACUGUUCAAAUUCUAUCUUGUAGGGCUUUCUUUCUCAAACAAGAGAAUUUUUAAAGGGGAGAAAAAGAACAGCAUAUCACCCUAUAGCAGUGUCCUACCCUGGGUGUGUUGCAGAUAUCAUGUAUAUGAACUGGACGCUUAUGUGCCUUCUUUGGCUGACACCACACAGGAAGUGGUAACUGGCUUGCACAUGUGCUGUAUUUCUCACCAAAGCUCUGCGGGGGUGGACAUAUGUAUCUUUACAAGAGAGAGUUUCAAUUUGAAUUGCCUGACCACCUUGGGAUUCACUUUGCUAAAAUACUGGUUUGUCUUUUGUAUCAACUGAGGUGUUCAUGGUGCCUGAAAACUCCAGGUGCAUGAGAGGCUUUGGUCAGCUAAAAAUGUACAUAAUCUUGGAAAAUUUACAAAAAUAUAGAUGAAAAUUCUUAGCACAGAAUGGCAAAUUUGAUAAACAACAAACACCACAGAAAAGACGUUUUGCAUGGGUUUUAUUUGUAUUUAUUUGAGAGUAGAAAAGGCAAAAUAAGUACAGCAUUACAAAGAGAACCUGGCAGUUGCCAGUAGAUUUAACUAAAGUGAAGCUUCUACCAUACCAGUUCUGUUGAAGAGGAAUAUUCAUGCUGAGGGAAAUUCUCAAAGAAAAAUGUGGUGUGUGUGUGUGUGUGUGUACCCACACACAUGCAUAAGGAGGUGUUAAGAUUCUGUAGUCUAUUUGAAUACAAGGCAUUUAUUAGCCAGAGGGGGGCGGGAAGGCAGCAGUGCUAUGGACUUUUUUCCAUUUUUGUAGAGCAGCUUAUUUCAGAUGCAAAAUAUUACAGAGUCACUGCUUUUUCUCUUUCUCUCUCUCAUACACUCUAUAGUUCUUUGUCUAUUUGUUGUUUUCCUUAACUGGAAAUAAAAGUAAUUUAGGCUGGAAAA